UUAUUGUAAGGAGUAGGUUUAGGGUUGGGGUAAGUGUAGACAUUAAUAAAACACAAUCUUUCAACUUCAAUUUUUCGGUUUUUGCUGUAGGCUAACCCCUCUAGCCACAACCGUCAAUAUGGUUCCAACAUUAAAGCGGAAAGUGCAAGCGAUUGAAGAGAAAAGUGAAGGCUUCGCUUGGUCACGUGAUUUUCGGGAACAAUGGGUGUGUUCGACUUGAAGCGGCCCUGCGCAGACCGAUCGGUGUAUGACAACAAAGUACCGCAUCCCGCUGAAUGUCGAAUUAAGCUGCAUACUGCAGUAGCCUCUCUACUUUACUGCAACGUUUAGCAAGGGUUUAAACUUUACCGUUGACGUGCAACUUCAGCUGUUUAAAAUAACCAUUGCAAUAACUAGAGGAGCAUUUAUACGUAUGAUUGAGAAUGGAGACUGAAAUCAACAAUGACUUUCAGAUAGUUUUCUCUGAAGAAUCUCAAUCAGAUUCCACCAUUCGGUGUCACCUAUCUCCUGAAAUCAGUGCUGUCGAUAUGGAGAUCAGAUGGUUUAAGGAAACAGAAUGUGUGUGUUUCUAUAAGAACACACGGUUGAUAGAGGGGGAGAGUUAUAAAGGCAUAAUGAGGCUAUGCAUUGAGGAGCUGGAGAGGAAUUGUGUCCUUACAGCUGAAGAAUGUCAGAGAAUCAUAUGUUGGUGAUUACCUGUGUCAGGUCACCAGAGGAAACAGGACAGCGGAGAUAUCAAUAAGGAAAUCAUUAAAGACCAAUGAUGAAGUGCCUCAAAAACAACCAAAUGGUGUAGACAGAUCGACAAAAUAUGGACUGAUGAGGAGAGAAUAAAAUGGCAAAUUCUGCAUUAUUGGCAGUUUUCAACAGGCUAGAAAAAACAGAUGCACCAAAGGAAGAUCUUCAGGGUGUCAAUGAGAUGGAAACCAGUACCUGUAAAUGGGAGGAACAGGAAGCACAUCUGGUUGAUCAACAACCGGGAUUUUCAAGUCAGAAAUUACCGGACAGUGAUGUCAAAAUGUGCAUCUUUCGAACUGCAAAAACAAAUGCCCAUGAUAAGGAUUUUACUCACAUGCUACAAAGCCGAAUUGAGAAUCUGAGAGAAGUUCCAACAGUAGACGAGAGUGACGUUAUUCUGGUUUUCUGUCCUGUUGUGUCCCGAGCUGGAACUGACAUUAACAAAGCACUUGAAAGAUUCACUGGCAAGACAGAAACUAAGCUGGCUGUUCUAGUGGUGCUUCAUCACACAUUUGACCCAGAGAAAACCGUCCCAGACAGCAGCAGAUGUGUCAACAGGACAGACAUACUCACAGUGGACUGUCUGUUCAAUGAGGAUCCAGGAUUACUGACGUGUCAGAAGAAUUCAGAUGCAGUUGACAAAGUUGUGAACUGGAUACAGCAGGGGAGGCAAACAGGUGACAAAAUAUGUCCACGUUCUACUGAUUUAACAACAACUGACUUUACAAACCCAGGAAAAAACCAAACCGAACCAAAUAAGAGGCAGAAAAUGGGAAACUACGAACCUAGUACAAAAGAGGUCAAAGUGUUCUCCAUUUUGACUGGAAAGAUAAAAAACUGUCACAAGGAGUUUUUCGACAUUCUGAGAAACCGAAUUAAGAAUCUGAAGGAAGGACGUACAGCGGACGAGAGUGACAUUAUUUUAGUUUUCUGUCCUAUUGUUUCUCGAGCUGGAACUGACAUUGAAGCAGCACUGAACAAUUUAGUUUACUCUACAGGUUCUCAGCUAACUGUUCUAGUGGUGCUUCAUCACACGUUUGACCCAGAGAAAAUACUCCCAGACAGCAGCAGAUGUGUCAACAGGACAGACAUACUCACAGUGGACUGUCUGUUCUAUGAGGAUACAGGAUUACUGAAGUGUCAGAAGAAUUCAGAUGCAGUUGACAAAGUUGUGAACUGGUUAUUACAGCAGGGGAGGAAAACAGGUGUCAACAUCUUUCCACGUCAGAGAGAGAAAAUGGAGACUGAAAUCAACAGAGAGAAAAUGGAGACUGAAAUCAACAAUGACUUUCAGAUAGUUUUCUCUGAAGAAUCUCAAUCAGAUUCCACCAUUCGGUGUCACCUAUCUCCUGAAAUCAGUGCUGUCGAUAUGGAGAUCAGAUGGUUUAAGGAAACAGAAUGUGUGUGUUUCUAUAAGAACACACGGUUGAUAGAGGGGGAGAGUUAUAAAGGCAUAAUGAGGCUAUGCAUUGAGGAGCUGGAGAGAGGAAUUGUGUCCUUACAGCUGAAGAAUGUCAGAGAAUCAUAUGUUGGUGAUUACCUGUGUCAGGUCACCAGAGGAAACAGGACAGCGGAGAUAUCAAUAAGGAAAUCAUUAAAGACCAAUGAUGAAGUGCCUCAAAAAACAACCAAAUGGUGUAGACAGAUCGACAAAAUAUGGACUGAUGAGGAGAGAAUAAAAAUGGCAAAUUCUGCAUUAUUGGCAGUUUUCAACAGGCUAGAAAAAACAGAUGCACCAAAGGAAGAUCUUCAGGGUGUCAAUGAGAUGGAAACCAGUACCUGUAAAUGGGAGGAACAGGAAGCACAUCUGGUUGAUCAACAACCGGGAUUUUCAAGUCAGAAAUUACCGGACAGUGAUGUCAAAAUGUGCAUCUUUCGAACUGCAAAACAAAUGCCCAUGAUAAGGAUUUUACUCACAUGCUACAAAGCCGAAUUGAGAAUCUGAGAGAAGUUCCAACAGUAGACGAGAGUGACGUUAUUCUGGUUUUCUGUCCUGUUGUGUCCCGAGCUGGAACUGACAUUAACAAAGCACUUGAAAGAUUCACUGGCAAGACAGAAACUAAGCUGGCUGUUCUAGUGGUGCUUCAUCACACGUUUGACCCAGAGAAACCGUCCCAGACAGCAGCAGAUGUGUCAACAGGACAGACAUACUCACAGUGGACUGUCUGUUCAAUGAGGAUCCAGGAUUACUGACGUGUCAGAAGAAUUCAGAUGCAGUUGACAAAGUUGUGAACUGGAUACAGCAGGGGAGGCAAACAGGUGACAAAAUAUGUCCACGUUCUACUGAUUUAACAACAACUGACUUUACAAACCCAGGAAAAAACCAAACCGAACCAAAUAAGAGGCAGAAAAUGGGAAACUACGAACCUAGUACAAAAGAGGUCAAAGUGUUCUCCAUUUUGACUGGAAAGAUAAAAAC